AUGUUUGGUUUUGGUAAAAAGAAGGAGGCAAAAAAGGAAGAUAAGGCUGAUAGCAAGAAUUUUAUCAAAGUCAGCACACCAUUCGAACAUCCAGUUGAAGGUAUUGUUCCACCAAAGGAAAAAAAACUCACUGAUGAGCAAGACACCAAGUACCAGGAAGUGUUACAUUAUUUCCAAAGGCCGGACCUAGAGGUCAGCGUUAAGGAGAAAGAAAGCUCCAAGAAAGAACCUUUGAUUGAUGAUGAAAAGGCAUGGCUCACUAGAGAAUGUAUUCUGAGAUACUUGCGUGCAACAAAAUGGGUAGUCAAGGAUGCAAUCGAAAGAAUUGAAGGCACCAUUGCGUGGAGAAGAGAAUUCGGAAUCCAAUAUCAAGAUCCUGAAAAAAACUCAUGUAAUGCCAAAUUGGUGGAACCUGAAUCUUUGACAGGUAAACAGGUUGUUUUAGGAUUCGACAAUGAUGCUAGACCUUGCUUAUAUCUCAAGCCAGGAAGACAGAACACCAAGACAUCACAUAGACAGGUUCAGCACCUAGUUUUUUGUCUAGAGAAAGUUAUCGACUUUAUGCCUUCAGGACAAGAUUCAUUGGCCUUAUUGAUUGACUUUAAGCAACAUCCAGAAAUAAGUGCCAAUGUGGAAACAUCUAAGAUCCCGCCGCUUUCUGUUGGCAGAGAGGUUCUUCAUAUUUUGCAAACACAUUACCCAGAAAGAUUAGGUAAAGCGUUACUUACAAAUAUUCCUUUUCUAGGUAGGGCAUUUUUGAAGUUGAUUUAUCCAUUUAUUGACCCACUAACCAAGGAAAAAUUGGUCUUUGAUGCCGAAUUCAAAAAGUUUGUUCAUGCCGAGCAGCUUGAUAAAGACUUUGAAGGCCUUGUCGAUUUUGAAUAUAACCAUGAAUUGUACUGGCCUGCACUGUUAGAAAUCACCCAAAAAAGAAGAGCUGCAUAUUUUGAAAGGUUCCAUAAGUUCGGUGCCGUAGUGGGUCUUAGUGAAAUAGACUUAAGAGGUUCUUCAGAGAAAUUGACAGUUCCCAUUGGGAAACACCCAUACAAUGCAUCCGAGUCUACAGAAAACUUAGUAGAGGAAGUUUCAGACGCCACGGAGAAGUUGAAUCUAUAG